CUAUCGAAAAGCUCCCAUCUCUUAUUUUCCUUUGUCAAAAUAAAAACUAAAUAAAUAUAUAUAUAAUUCACCUGCAAAACGAAGCUACAAAAAACACUGUACGGCUCAAAUGGACGAAGAGGAGAACUCAGAAAUCAAUUCUGUGCAAGCACGAAAUGAAGAUGUGCAAUUGGAGGACCAGUCACAGUCCCAGGGGCUCCAGGAUCGCCAGGUUGACGCGAUAGAGCAGGCUUGGAACGAUGCAAUGCCCGACGAGCCGUCACCGCCGGCAGAAUAUGCCUUCCAAGAUCCACUGGCCAUCGUUGGUGAGGGAGGAGAUGCACCGGAGGCCAUGGUAGAGGACGUUUUGCAGGACGACACAGUAAGCGAGGGCAGUCAUCCCAGCAGUGACAUGUCUCUGGAGAGUCCAGGCAGUGAAGAUGAUUCCGAUGUGCAGGGCCUGCCAAAUUGGAUGAUUCCCCAGAACCGACUGCGCUCCGCCGUAGACAUGAUGGUCUCGCAAGCCCGCAAUCGGGAUGGCGGAAUCGCUGCACUGCUCAGUGGGGACAACUUCCUACAGCGAGUGCGUAGCAUGGUCUUUAGCCAGGAGCGACGACGCAGUCGCACAAGCGAGGAAACGAGCCAGGAGGAGGCUGCCGAGGAGCCCGAUGAUCCACCGCCACAGCAGCCACCUCUACCACCAAUCGACAUUGGCUUUGACACCAAUCUGCCAGCGGAGCAUUCAUACUUCGGCAAUCAUUUGAGUCGCGUGCCCGGAGUGGACUACUUGGAGGUGGGCAGCGUCCACCACAUGCUCAUCUUCUUGCACCACCACAUCCUCUUUCCCGGCGAGGUGCUUCCCUUCAUGAUCGACGGCCAAAUGUUUGACGACGAUAUGCCCGGUCUAGACGGCCUGAUCUUCGGCGUAAGCUUUCCGCGUUUGCAGCCGCCGGAGGACAACCCACACAAGUUGUAUGGGGUCACGUGCCAGAUCUACGAAAGGGGCGAAAGCGGCCGAGGGUUGGUGUUCUACAAAUCACGAGCACUGCAGCGCAUUGUAAUCAACUGCGAUGAUAUAAAAGGGUCACCGCAGUACAUUGCUCGCAAUCCAACUAACAAAUGCUUUAGCAAAGUCAAAAUAUUACCCGAGUAUUUCCUGCCCGAACCGCUCCAGUCUGUUGACAUGGGCUCGAUGGCCAGAUUUCGGGAUAUCCCCUCGAUGCGCGACAAGUAUCGCAGGUUCCAGCUAAGCACUACCACCUGGCCAUCUGAUGCCUGCCAAGAGUACUCGUUUGCUUCAAUUGUGGAGCGAGCACGCCAGAGGCUGGAGUCCCAAAAGAUAGACACAAUGCCAAAAUGCCCCAUUCAGUUGUCCUUCUGGUUGGUGCGUAACCUCCACCUGACCGAGAAGAUGAUGCGGCUUACCUUCCUCACCGACUCGGUUAACACUCGCCUCCAAUUGAUCAAAAGCACGUUCAAGGACGAGACACUCUUCUUCUGCCGAUAUUGCAAUAGCAGCUUGGCCCUCUGCUCGGAUCUCUUUGCCAUGUCGAAACACGGAGUGCAGACGCAAUACUGCAAUCCAGAGGGCUACAUCCACGAGACAAACACCGUGUACCGGGUGAUAUCCCAUGCCAUCGGCUACAGCGGCGAGCCGUCCACGAAGUUUAGCUGGUUCCCUGGCUAUCAGUGGCACAUCAUUCUGUGCAAGUUCUGCGCCCAGCACGUCGGGUGGGAGUUCAAGGCCGUGCUUCCCAACCUAACACCCAAUGUGUUCUUCGGUUUGUCCGGCUCCAGCGUGCGGAUUGGAAAAGCCAGCGAGUACUCGCCCUUCAAUGGAACCACCUAUGUGGUGCGGAAUAUGCUGCGGAUGAUCUCAAGCGAUAUGGAAUGAGGCUGGCGCGUUGUGAAGCGAUUUCUCAGAUGUCAACUCUGCUGCUGGCGUCGUCAGGGGAAUGAUGGGGUCCAUCAGGUGGGACCUGUUUAAUUCGUUUCACAACUACUUUUAGCAAAAGCACACGGCGUUUAAUGGCGUGUAUGUACACCUAAUUGAUAUUUACGAUUCUUUGAAACUAAAACUCCUCUGUAAUAAGUUACUCUUAAA